GUCAUCCACUGCGGAGGGGAGCGUUCUUUCAUUUUCCAGGGAAACAGACUCAGGUGGGACGCCGGGCUGUCGGGUUUGAAAUUCCCGCUUUCCAAAAUUAUAAAUCGCACCCCUUUACUUCAUCAACGAUGUCGGGAAUACAUGGAAAGUAAACAUACAGGGGUGUGCUGAUUCCAGCAUGCUAUAGUAGGUAAAAUCCACCACAGGGACAUGUUCUACUGAAGAGGCAGCUGAAGACCACGAUGGCCUUACAGUUUGAUUCUGGUGCUUUUGACGGAGGGCUUGGUGCUCCCCUGGGUAUGGGGGCCUCCGUUGGCAUGGGGGACCUGUCGGGUGCAUACGCUGCUGCACUGCCCAGACUUGCCUCAGAGACGGAGCUGCAGAAGAUGCUGACAGAUGAGAAGAUGAGGAGUGAACAACACAAGACAAACUAUGAGACACUAAAGGCAGAACACACAAGGCUGCAGGAUGAGCACAUCCUGCUGCAGGAAGAGCUGCGUGGGCUGCGGGAGACACACAGCAGCACCCACGCCGAGUGUCAGACUCUGAUUGCACAGGCUCGUCUCGAGGUGUCCCAGAAGAUAGCACAGAUAGAGGAGCUCAAGUCACAGAUCAUGACCUCCCAGAGACUGGAGAUGAUCCGUGUGGAGGUUCGGGAGGAGGUGGAGGGUCCGUACAGGGAGCGCAUCACCAAACUGGACGAGGAAGUGGACAAGCUGCGGACAGAGAUGAACCAGCUGCGGUACGAACACUCCUUCCUGAAGUCAGAGUACGAACAUCAGCAGACGGAACACAAACGCAUCAUAGAAGAGACAACACUGAAGUAUGAAGCAGAGAUCAUGGACCUGCGGAAGGACCGUGAGGCCAUCCUGGCCCGCCAGCAGGAGGAGGAGGACCACGACUCCCAGCGGGUUCGGACGCUUCAGAAGGAGAACGCUCAACUACAUCUCAAGGUCAAAGGUCUGCUGACCGAGUUGGAAGAAAUCCGAGCCCAGCGCGAGUCGUCCGGGAUGCAGUCUGACCACGUGUCCAGACUUCAGGCCAAACAGCUGGCCGAGACCACAGCUUCUCUUAGGGCUGCAGAGAGUGAGAAGCAGUCCCUGAAGAUGCGGUGUGAGCGGCUGCAGCAGGAGCUGGAUGCUGGGCUGGACCAGCAGAGUAAGCUGUCCUCCCAGCUGGGCGAUGUGCAGAGGGAACACAUGGCCAUCCGACACAAGUACGACGAGGUCUCACACAAGCACAAACUGGAGGUGACAAAUAUGAAGAUGGAGACGGUGAAGAGAACAGGAGAACUGGAGAGAGAACGGGACCAGCUUAGAAGCGAGGCAGAGGGUAUCCGCACCCAGCUGGAGGUGCUUCAGCAGACGAUCGACCGGCAGAGCGCGGAGCUGUCCGACAAGGAGAGGGAGAUGGUGAGGAGGGUGCAGGCUGCUCGUGAUGAGGAGAGCGAGAAACUCAUCAAGCUGCAGACUGAACAGAUGGAGAUGGACGCUAAGAUGGCUGAGAUGGAGAGGCAGCGGCUGGAAGAUGAGUCCACCAAGAUGGCGGAACGGGAGCGAGCGGAGGAGAGGGUGAAUGAAGCCAUGAGGAGGAAAGAUGCUGCAGAAAGAGAAGUGCAAGAACUCAAGGGUAGGGUGCAACAGCAACAAUCCAUCCAGAGGGAGGUGGAAACAGAACGAGCGAACAACUCAGAGCUGCGACAGAGACUUCAGGAGGCUCAGGCACAACUCAGGAACAUGUCCGGGGCAGAGAAUGACCUGGCCACAGAGAACCGCUCACUCAAACAGGCGGUGGACAGGCUGAAAGAUGAGCUGCGGGCAGCACGUGAGGCAGCGGACAAAGCGCAGACGGAGGCGACCAAAGGAGUGAACGAGAAGCGGCUGGCGUGGCUGGAGGAGCGGCAGGCGCUGGAGAGGCGAGUGGAGGAUCUAGAGAGGGAACUCCAGGCUCAGAGUCAGAAACUGGACCAGUCUGUGCAGUACCAGAGAAAGCUGAAGAAGAACUGCUCCCGAGUUGUGCAGAAAUUAAAGAGCAGGCUGAAGAUUGUAGAUGCCAGACGGGAGGAGGCUGUUUUGGAGAGAGAUAAACUCAAGGGCAACGUCCCGGCAGAGAUGUACAACCGCCUGAAGAAACAGUUCCGCGACUUCAUCCGGAAACACAAGGAGUUCAGCAUGAUUGUGGCGGGUACCGGCGGGCUGCACGAGAUAUCUAUCGGAGGCCUGUCGUUUGCCUCGGCCACGCUCCCACUGGACACAUCUCUGCCUUACGUGAGUUUUAUCGAACAGGAAAGACAGCACCAUAAGGAGCUAUCCAUGGUGCGGCAGCGGCUGGACGAGCUGGACGACCUGCAGAAGCAGCAGAUGGACGUGCUGACCGGUCAGGGGCCGCCGCCGCACGAGAGGAGCGACGAGGACGAGGAGAAGAAGGACGGGGAGCGCGCCUUCAUCGACAAUCUCGACCUGUAGGGCAGGGUUGUAGCCAGCACCUGUCCUUCCAUCCUUUGAUGGAAUUUUGCAGAUGGGAACAGACAUAAAUUUUGCCCAUUCCAUCCUCUAUGAUGAACAAAAUUCAAUAUGUAAAGAUAUAAUAAACUGUCUCCCUUGUGUAAGUUUUCACCAAGACAGAUGCCGUUGAACAGCUUAGUCUACCAGCAAAAGUUACACCUCAAAAUGCAGGAAAGAGCAAUUUAGAUGGUCUAUAUUUCAAAAAGAUUCAAAAUCAAAGGGACGGAAAAUAAUUUCAGGCUGACUACAACCCUGCUAUAGGGUCUCUGCAAUAUGGUUAUGUCACAAUGCAAGCUUCAUGCGGAGGCAGUGUUUGCAAUUAAGAGUGUUUAUUUUUUUGUAUCCCAUUUAUGUACAAUUGUGCUUUGGAUGUACAUAGCAAAUGAAAAUCUUUGGUUUAUUCCUUCCUGCAGUUAAGUAUUCUAUGUGUUCAGGCUGUGUGUUUAUGUAGCAUUGUGCAAAACAUUCUAUGAUCAUGGUAAAAAAGGCACUGUUAACUCUAACGGCACUUGUUUGUAUCCUGUUGUAGUACUAUGUACAUGUAUGCAUUCCCAGCACAGUAUAAUGUGCCUGAUAGUUUGCAUUCUUUGUGUUACACAGAUUUAGCUAACAUGGUGCUAACGAAUACUUAACAUUAUCAUAAGUGUGAGGUAGGGAAGGGAGAUACAUGUAACUUGUUAUGUUGGGUUGGCUGUUAUAGCAUUCAGAUUUGUGAUACCAAAGUACUGAUACUUUACUUGUUUUAUUUAAUCUAGUGGUUAUUUUACAGCAUACCAACCAACCGAAAAAGAUGUUUUAGAUAGAGAUUAUACAUGUACAUGGUUUUAGAUAUACAGUACAUGGUUGUCUUCUGAAUACAUACAAUGGACAUUACUAUAUGUUGUUUAUGUGGUGUAUGAUCAGGACUUAUUGUUGUAUCAUGAUGGGUUUUGAGCCACAACCUGUGAAGAUUACAUAGUACACAAUUUUCACAAGGACACAUGAAAACAAGUGGUUCUUCACUAAUCCCAUUGGCUGCAGACCCUACAGUACAUUCCUUUAUGUGGUGUAUUAUAUACUUUGUGUUGUAUUUAUAUGAUAUGGCAGCUAGGAAACAUUAACAGUUAAGUGUGAUAUAUCUGUGUACUGUCUGUAACAAGAUGGUGAAAUGGUUUGAGUUUUACACAACUGUAAACUAAUGAAUUGUUAUAUAUGGUCAAACUUGUCCAAGACGACCACUCUUGGAAACUUUGUUACAUUUCCCAGGUGGUCCUUUUGCAGAGGUUGUUACUUGUACAGGUUUGACUCUAGCUAAGCAGUCAAGAAGAGAUCUCAUCAAGAAUUUUUUUCUCAUCUUUUCCAUAUUUUUCUCAGUGUUUGAUGGGCCCUUCUUGACAAUAUGGGGACACACAGUAUUGUGUUAUUCAUGUACAAUUGUUAGCGAUUAUUGGACUGCCUUCGUAUAGGGAAGUACAGGAAUAUAGAUAUUAAGGACACAGAAUGUGUGUUUGGAGCCACACAGUAUCUAUGCAACUCACAUACAUGUAUGUGUUGUGUGCACAUAUAUCAUUCCAUGUUCACUGCUGUCAAAGUCAGGCACUGGUUGUUUAGGAGUAUAACAUACUCAUUUUAUGAUGAUCACAGAUAGGACACAACUUUAGAUAAGAUGUAGAUUGUGCAAAAUUAAUACAAAAAUAUGACUUCCACAAGUCAAUGUGAUAUAGGUAUUUUGUAAUGAAAUCUAUUGCCUCAGACAACCACCAUUUUACGAUAUCUUAUCAAGCCAUACUUUCUUUAUCUAACGUUAGUCCUUCCCUUUGGGUUGUACGUUACAAGAUGAUGAUGUUGUAUUGUGAUACAGUUCUAGCACUAAGUCCAUUCCAUAAAGGGCAGAGAUUUGGUACAUGUAUAAAACUUUUCUGAACACCAUGUUCACUGUCUUGGUACAGAUUAUGGAUACUAAGACAUAUUUUUUACUAAUGGUCGUUGCCCAUAAAACAUUCUACUGUUAUACAUUUUUAGGUAAUGUGAACAGAAGAUAACAUUAUGGCCAUGUUCUUUUUUUUAUCACACCAACUGAUACUCCUGACAGUUACUCUGCACCCUAUAAACUAUUAAGUAAUGAUGGGUGUGAUAGUGUUGUGCCAAUUGUUUCUUACCCUUUUUUAUGUACCUAAGAUUUGGUUUAGAUAGCACUGGUACAACUCAGGUGUGUUGUCACCUAAUAUGGGGUGUUUUUUUUACAUUAAUACCAGUACUGUCAUGUGAUGUAACAUUGUAUGUUUGUAUGUAUGUAAUGUUCUAAUCAGGUGCUGAUUUGUAUGUAUUUCAUUACCAAAGACAUUAUUAAAACUAUCUGUCCACUGCA